AUGCAAGCUGGGAACUGUGAUGAACCAAAGGCUGGCAAAGCAGGAGGCCCGGCAGUCAGCCCAGUGGGAGACGCAAAGCGACAAAAUGUGGCGGCCAUCCUCAAGGGUGACAUUCAGGUUCAACGAACUCCUCUGCUCGGUGGAGGCUUGCUGACAGUCCAAGACGGCGCUGCUGUGAUCAGACGAGCAUACAAAAACCCCCUAACUGGUGGCACUGGCAUGAGCAAGGAGCUUAUGAGGCGGUUGCAUUCAAGGCAUCAAUUUGUACCCUGGGGUUCUCCUCGUCAAGCGACGGUCCUGCCUGAGCCCGAAGAGACCAUAACGGAGCAGAACGAAGAAGAGAGUCUGCCUCCUGGGGUAGAGCCUCUUGUUCUCUGGCAACCCGAACCAGGAGACGAGAAGGUCACCGAGUCAUCCAAGCCCAUCCUUGUAGAUAACGUUCUUGUCAAGUUCCUUAGAGCCCAUCAGAGGGAAGGGGUGCAGUUCAUGUUUGAAUGUAUUGGUGGUCUGAGGGACUUCAGCAAGAAAAAGAACAUGGAGGACGGGAUGGUAGAGGAUGACAACAAGCCAAAGGACGAAGGAUGUUUUGGGUGCAUUUUGGCUGACGAUAUGGGACUUGGAAAAACUCUGCAAAGCAUCACUCUUGUGUGGACACUCCUGCGGCAAGGCUUUGAUGGUUCUCCUCUGGCCAAGCGGAUUGUAAUUGUUACUCCGACAAGCCUGGUGGGAAAUUGGGAAAACGAGUUCUCAAAGUGGCUCCCUGGUCGAGUGGAUGUCCUGGCCCUCUGCGAGUCAACGAGGUCUGACGUGCUUCAGGGCAUUGCUUCCUUCUUGGCCCCGCGGAGACACCCGGACGUCCUCAUCAUCUCCUACGAGACAUUCCGGUUGCACGCCGACAAGUUCAAGAAGAAAGGAAGUUGCGACCUCCUGCUCUGCGACGAAGCGCACAGACUGAAGAAUGACAAAACUCUCACGAACCAGGCUCUGGAUUCGCUCCCAUGUCGGCGGCGAGUGCUUCUCUCUGGGACACCCAUGCAGAAUGAUCUGGAGGAGUUCUUCGCAAUGGUCAACUUCACUAAUCCAGGCAUACUUGGAAUAGCCUCCUCGUUCAGGCGCCACUACGAGAAUCCGAUCCUGAUCGGACGCGAACCGGACGCUAGCGACGCGCAGAGGGCUCUUUCCGCAGACAGAUCGGCUGAAUUGAGUGAGAAGGUCAAUCAGUUCAUUCUCAGACGGACAAACGCUCUGCUGUCAAAUCAUCUGCCCCCGAAGAUCGUUGAGAUCGUAUGCUGCCGGAUGAGCGACCUGCAGGUGCAACUGUACAAGCACUUCAUCCAUUCCAAGAAUGUCAAGAAGCUGAUGGAGGACGACACGAAGAAGCUGCAAGUACUCUCGUCUAUCACCGCAAUGAAGAAGCUCUGCAACCAUCCGAAGCUGAUCUACGACACGGUGAAGGCUGGCGGGUCGGAAGCAGCGGGCUUCGAGGACUGCGUCAAGUUCUUCCCACCGGCCAUGUUCUCUGGAAGGAGCGGGCAGUGGACGGGUGGCGACGGCAGCUGGGUGGAGCUGUCCGGGAAGAUGUGCGUGCUCGCUCGCCUCCUCUCGCACCUCCGGCGGAAUACCGACGACAGGAUCGUACUCGUCUCCAACUACACGCAGACCCUCGACCUCUUCGCUCAAAUCUGCCGCGAACGGAACUACCCGUUUGUCCGGCUCGAUGGCACGACGUCCGUUGGCAAACGACAGAAGCUCGUCCAAAAGUUCAACGAUCCAGUCCCGGACGAGUUCGCAUUCCUGCUGAGCAGCAAGGCCGGUGGGUGUGGCCUGAAUCUGAUUGGGGGCAACCGGCUGGUGCUCUUUGACCCGGACUGGAAUCCAGCCAACGACAAGCAGGCUGCUGCUCGCGUGUGGCGUGAUGGACAGAAGAAGCGGGUGUUCAUCUACAGGUUCCUAGCAACGGGCACAAUCGAGGAGAAGGUGUACCAGCGGCAGAUGUCCAAGGAAGGCUUGCAGCAGGUGGUGGACACCAAGAAGGACGACGACCGGGUGCAGAUGAACGCUAUCUCGUCGGAAGAACUUCGUGACCUGUUCAAGUUCCAGGAGCAGUCCAGCUCCGACACGCACGACUCCCUCAACUGCGGGCGCUGCCAAGCUGGCGAAGCUUGCACCGAGCAAGAGCCGCCAGCAGCCGCCGAGGGUGCGCCAAGCACAGCAGAGGACAUCGGGGGCUUCGCAGCGGCGGCCGGAUGUCGAGACAUUUUGAAGCCCUGGGAGCGCCAGGUCGGCACGCCUGCAGAGGAGGACCUGAAGAGCUGGGCUCAUCAUGCGUCCCCCUCUACGGUGCCAGAUCGGGUGAUGCAGAGCGUGGCUGGGGAUGACGUGUCCUUCGUCUUCUCAUGCCAAAUCGACGGCAAGCUGAAACCCGUGGAGAGCAAGGCGCCGGGGCGUCCGCUCGCAGCAGGGGCCAGUGGCGCGGCCCAGAGAUCGGAGGCGAACAAGGCUGGCAGCACGCGGUUGCCGACCAAGCCGCCAGGCCUCGCAUGGAGAAGCCCUCUGCCAUCAAAGCCAGGUGUCAAGCCCACCACCCCCGGACUCCCCAGGACAGUAGGAGCACCAACCGCAGGACGCGGCAAGGUCCUCUCUUCCUUGCACCCCAACAUCAAAAAGUCUUCGCCAAGCGGACCAGCGGGCGCAGCGACGAAGAUCGGAGCAGCGCAGCAAGGGAAGGCGCAGCUUGCAGCGGGUCUAACGGGAGGGCUGUCGGGGCAGCCGCCCAAGGCGGGCACAACGAAGAAGCGGUCUCAGGCGCGACCGAAAGAACGGGCUGUUUCCAAGAAAGCGAAGGCUGUCUCCGACAGCAGCUGCUCGGAGGAAUCUGCGUUUGCGGAAGAGGAGGUCGAGUCACAGGAAGUGGUUGCCGACAGUGAUGAUGACUUUUGAAAGAUUAGUAGCUGACAAAGUAUCAAGCAAACCGCGCGUUUGAGUCGAUGUCUCGAUGAAGGUCGUUGCCAAAGGCUGCCCGCAACAUGCUUGGUUUGUUGAUGUAACGAUUUUGACUGAUCUAUUGUUUAACGGCCGAGCUACAGCGUUUGUCCCCGG